UGUGCGGGGCUCUGCGUGUCACUGUCGCCCAGUCCCCUGGCGACCCUUUCUGGGCACGUUACUGCCCACGUUGUAGAGGGGCGGUAGGUAGAGCCGAGGGGCGCAGGCAGCUCGUGCGGGGCGGGUCUGAUCGUGGCGACCGGGUGGUGUGUUAACUGCCUGCUAGUGCUCCAGAGGCCCAGUCACGUGUCCGAUGAGGCUCACUAACAGACUGGCUGAGUGACCGCCAGGAGCCACUCUAGAGCCGCCCACUGGUGGCUGUGCGUCUUCGCGCAGGGGUGGCGGUGUUCAGGGCACCGUGCUCUCACAUGAGCGUGAAGACAGCCAGACCAGGACGGGGCAGGGAGUGCGGUAGCAGCUCGGACGGUGCCGGAGUGUGAAGGAGUUUGAGAAGCUGAACCGCAUCGGGGAAGGCACCUACGGCAUUGUGUAUCGGGCCCGGGACACCCAGACGGAUGAGAUUGUCGCUCUGAAGAAAGUGCGGAUGGACAAGGAGAAGGAUGGGGUCCCCAUCAGCAGCCUUCGAGAGAUCACGCUGCUCCUUCGCCUUCGCCAUCCAAAUAUCGUGGAGCUGAAGGAGGUGGUUGUGGGAAACCACCUGGAGAGCAUCUUCCUGGUGAUGGGUUACUGUGAGCAAGACCUGGCCAGCCUUCUGGAGAACAUGCCAACACCCUUCUCUGAGGCCCAGGUCAAGUGCAUUGUGCUGCAGGUGCUGCGGGGCCUCCAGUACCUGCACCGGAACUUCAUCAUCCAUAGGGACCUGAAGGUCUCCAACUUGCUCAUGACCGACAAGGGCUGUGUGAAGACAGCGGAUUUUGGCCUGGCCCGGGCCUACGGCAUUCCAGUGAAGCCAAUGACCCCCAAGGUGGUCACUCUCUGGUACCGAGCCCCUGAACUUCUGCUGGGAACCACCACGCAGACCACCAGCAUCGACAUGUGGGCCGUGGGCUGCAUCCUGGCUGAGCUGCUGGCCCAUAAGCCCCUUCUCCCCGGCACUUCUGAGAUCCACCAGGUGGACCUGAUCGUGCAGCUGCUGGGGACACCCAGUGAGAACAUCUGGCCGGGCUUCUCCAAGCUGCCGCUGGUCAGCCAAUACAGCCUGAGGAAGCAGCCGUACAACAACCUCAAGCACAAGUUCCCGUGGCUCUCAGACGCCGGCCUGCGCCUGCUCAACUUCCUCUUCAUGUACGACCCCAAGAAAAGGGCAACAGCUGGGGACUGCCUGGAGAGCUCCUACUUCAAGGAGAAGCCCCUACCGGGCCACAGCCUCAGGCGCCGAAGGCCAGAGCAAGCGCUGCAAGCCCUGAAAGUCCUGACUGUGGGGCCUCAGCAGGCAGCGAAGCCCCUGCAGUCCAGCUUGACGGGGCUCCUGGGAUCCAGCACGUCCCUGGCUAGGACCGACCAGCUGCUCCAGCCGACUGCACCGCUUCCUGCCACCUCCACACCAGAAGAGUGGGUCUGGAUGUGGGGUGAGGGAAUGGGGCACCCCAAAGGGCCAGGACACCUUGAGGCCAGACCUAUGUGGGCUGUGGCUGUGUCACCUGCUGGCCGUGCUGGGUCCUGCCCGUUGCUGGGCUUUCACAUCCCAGGAGGAAAUGCCCCCUGGCCCAUCUCAGCAGGUGUUGCUAGUUUGGGACCACCAGACCCCGCACGGCUGCUUGUGUCUGCUCUUGGUCACCAGAGUCUGCCCGGGGCAGGGAGCAGCUAUGGUGACCCCUGGGUGGGCCUGGCAAGACUCAGAGUGGGAAGGAAGGAUCAGGUGUGGGUGAGCCAGCCUGGUGGAUGGGGCUCUGGGCAGUCACCACGCUGAGACCACCAGAGCCCCGUCCCCGCCCCCAUACUGGGGCCCGAGGGGAAAGGGUGGGGUUGGCACUAACAGAUCUCAGAGAGAUAAAAGCUUUCCUAGCGG